AGAGAACACAAUGUUUUCAUUAUAUUAGAAUCAAAAUAGAGAGUAGUGAACACUUAUAAGUGCAAAAAGACAAUAAAAGAGACACAAAACUUAUAAAAUUAAUUCAAGUGAAAGUCCGUGGACUGAAAAUCAAUGAAGUUUUGUUCCUAAACAGAGGGUAAAUUUAAUUGCUAAUGCAAAAUCAAGUUAUUGGCAUAAAGAGCCUCAAUAAUAUUACGACAAUUAGAGAAUAAAGAUAUUUAUCAUCCAUAAAACUUGUUUUGCAGUUGUUUUCGAAUAAAUCAUUAAUAAAAACUUGUAAACAAAUUGCUACACAGUAACAUUGAGCAUUGAUCAAAGAGAAUAUGAUGUUGAAAUAUUAAAAAGUGCAAUCAUGAAUGUAAAACCAAAUUCUCGAACACUACCAAACUGUGCUCGGUGCAGUAAUCAUGGUUUAAAAAUUAAAUUACGUGCUCAUAAAAGAUUUUGUGCUUAUCGAUAUUGUAAUUGUGAAAAGUGUAAAUUAACAAAUGAUAGACAGCGUGACAUGGCAUUACAAACUGCAAUGCGACGUGCACAUAGACAAGAUGAAUCUCGUGUGUUACUUGAAGGUCAAAUUCCACAUCAACCAAAGGUUCCAAUGCCAAUAGCAAUUAAAAAUGAAUUUGUUAGUCAUGAGAAUGAUGAAUUUGAUGAAACGUCCAAUCAAACUGAUAAUGAUAGACCAGAUAGUGGGUUCGAUCCUCGAGAGUAUAAUGAAGAUAAUGAAUUUUCAACAUCUGCACAUUUACAGCCAUCGGAACCUGUACAUAGUCAUCCAGAGUUAACAGAGCAAUCGCAUUUUAUUGAAGAUGAAUACCAAGAUAGUGGGACGCAUUCACAGCAAGAUUUUAUAAUGAAGGCAGAGCAUAUUGUGACUAAAUUCAACUGCGUUCACGAAAUGGUACCGCUAAUGUAUGCUCUAGUAAAGUCUACAAGGGGAAAUAUUGAAUUAUCUGAGCGACUUCUUGAUGAAGGCAGAAGCGUCAUUCAGGAACACGUUAGAAAAAAUAAUCUAAACAUGUUUGAUGGUAAACCGAUGAGACGUUAUUGAAAAUCAAGUCAAUAUCUUUUAAUAUUUUAAGGAUCACAUUUAAGGUAAACAGUUCUCACUAUCAAAUUAAGGUUUUUGUAUUUCUUUAUGAA